CUGCCUCAGUGGUAGUUGGACUGCCGCGGCAACAACAUCCUGUCAGUCGUCACUGGUUGCAGCAGCAACAGCAGCAGCAACUUCCUCCGCGCACGCAUCACAAUUACGGAGCGCACUUGACGCCCACCUCGAAAAAUUCACAAAACUAGUGCUCAACCGACCUACCAUCACUUAACAUGCUCACAGAACUGUAACAGUGCUAGAGACGGUCGAAUUCUCUCGCGUGAGUGAUAAAGUCGUCAAAUUUUCCCGCACAUGUCUCUGUACAGUUGGGCUCGCUGCCAUCAUGGUUCAACCAGCCACAGUUUCGCACUAUGGAGCCUGUGAGUAAAUCCCAAGAAGCAAAAGUCUUCCAACCGCCGAAAAUUUGCAUGGCAAUACGAUGUACAGUUCCUAAUUGCAGCUGUGAACGUUUUGUUCCUGGGAAGUGCCACCUACGCUACUGUGAAACUUGUAAACACGGUUGGGUUCAUCACGCACUGGACAAGUUGGGAACGCGACAUCUCUUCAGUAACAGUGCCCCCGAACCAGUGCAAGUUUAUGCCGCGUUUGACAUCGCUAGUUUAGUCCUUUACGGAUGUCAAGCCCUUCCAAUUCGCCUUAAAAUACUCCUGGAUAGACUGUUUUCGGUGCUUCGCAAAGAGCAAGUGCUUCAAGUGUUGCAUGGAUUUGGCUGGACCGCCGAAGAUUACACAAGAGGAUAUAUACUGCAGGAGUCACACGGCGGCACUCUGGACCGAUGGAGUAUCUGCAGUCCUGAGGAGGAGCCUCUGGUCCUCCAACAGUUCCUUAGGUUUGGAGAGACGCGAGCCAUAACGCAACAAUUGCUUCUGGCGCAGCAGGCACUUCAGGAUCCCACACUGGAGCGCCUAGAACGCCGCCACUCACCAAACCUUCGUCGGGCGAUGUCACCUAACCAUCGCCCGUCCCACCAAACUGUUCCAUCUGCUUUUCACCCGUCUCGUUUACCGACAAUGUCUCCUCAUCAAAAACACCAUUUAAAUUUCUUGAAGAUGUCUACCUCCAACGGACCUCUCCCCUCCAACUCUCCUCCGAGAAGCGUCAGUACUAGUCCAUUGAACACGUCACCUUUGAAUCGUCUACAAAACAUGCAACCUUUCGAUUUCCGUAAAUUGGGUGGCGGGCUUACGAAUUUUCCGAAUCGUGUAAGUCCCGACAUGAAUCGAAGAAGAGCGGAAAGUGAAAGCGUCGGUUUGAAUUUGACGAUGGCAACGUCGUUGUCUUCGUGUUUGCCACCGCCGCCUCCACGGCCGCCAUCGUUGAGUCACUCCGCGGCGGCAAUGGCGGCUGCUGUUUCGGUCAAUCCUUUGGCGGCGGCUAGUUUGGUGGCAUCGUCCUUUCCGGGACUUAUGUCAACGAGGACAUCGAGAAGUAAAUCACCAAGUGGAGAAGUUUUAAGUGGCAAUAAUAAUAGUGAAGAAGACGAUGAUGUUGACGAAAACUCUUAUAGUGCACUUAAUUUAAGUCGUGAUAGAGAUAUUCUCAAAGCUCCAAGACAACCGAGAGGAAUCCCGGGACGAAAACCCACAACACCUACUAAAAGACAAUGGGGAUCGCCGGGAUUACCUCUAAAUCUAGGAACGCAAUUUAUCAACCCGGCUACAGGGAAGAAAAGAGUGCAAUGUAACGUAUGUUUAAAGACGUUUUGCGACAAAGGUGCUCUUAAAAUUCACUUCUCCGCUGUACAUUUACGUGAAAUGCACAAAUGUACAGUUGAAGGUUGUAAUAUGAUGUUUAGUUCAAGAAGGUCGAGAAAUCGUCAUAGUGCUAAUCCAAAUCCAAAAUUGCAUUCACCUCAUCUUCGUAGAAAAAUUUCGCCUCAUGAUGGAAGAAGUGCACAAGCUCAUCCUCUUCUAAUACCUCCCCAAACCGGUCUUUCACUACCAGCAGCUGCAGCUGCUUUAAAUCCGCUCAAUCCAUUCGGACCAUUUCCUUUACUUACUCCUUCACCAGAUAUCCGACACCACACGGCUUUAAGUUCCAUAGACUUUAAACAAACUCUAGACCUAAGCAUGCAAAAAUUAGAAGAAAGAAAACAUUCUUCAGUUAAAGAUUACAGUGCACUAUCACUUGUCGGUGGUACCCACCACCAGUCCGAAGAAGAAGAAGAUGAAGACGAUGACGGAAUCGUUGUUGUUGGUGGUGACGAAGAAGAAGAACCCGAAAAAAAUGAAGUCACAAAUGGUGUUUCCUCCGAUCAACCUGAAGAUUUCAGUAUGCCUUCAAAAAGGCCCAAAAUGUCAGUCUCCGAUGUAGAAGAAGACAUAACUAGUAAUUUAGAUAGUAACGAAGAUUCCCUAAGUAUUGUCGACACACAUAGUCUCAAAGAUGAACCGAAUGUACAAACAAACAAAAGAAAACGUAAAAGUCAAAACCCCACCCGAUGCGCUGUACCUGCAAUGAUGGAAGACGCCGUCAGUGACUGCGACUCCUCAAACGACGUUUUUUCCGAACCUCUUAACGAAAAACCUCAAACCAAUCACGAAAAACGAUCACCAAGUCUUCUCGAAACAAGGAAAGAGGAAGAAAAAUUCGAAGAAAAAUGCAACUCGCCGCUAAACCUCGAAAAACGCUGUCCCGACGUCAAUGCCAAUGAACCCGAAAAAAUCGCAAGUCCGGAAAUAAAAAAAAGUUUGGCACCUUUAUUCAUGAUCGAUAAGUUAAAAAAAGAAAAACCAUCGCACGAUUCAGAGCCAGUAGAAGAAACCGAUGAGAGGCCUGCCAGUUCGGUCGAAAGUAACAAAAGUGACGAAUCGUUCGACUCGUCCAACGCUUUGAGACACUUGGAGAGCUUGUCUCAUGGGCAUUUUGGGGACUUGAUGGCUAAAAGUCUUCAUCUGGGCUUGGGACAAGGUCCGCAAUUCCCCCCCAUUGCGUUCAUGAUGGGCGGCGGCCCUCCCAGUCCCGCGCGGUCGCAGGCCUCCUCCGCGGGCAGCAGCAACGGCGCCGAAUCCCCUGACGAAAACAGUCAAAACCAGUUUUUUGGCCACUUUGACAACGGCCAGUUUAUCAGCGGGAUGGAUGUUCCUAUCGACAAAGACAAUCCGAGGAAGUGUACCGCGUGCGGGAAAAUAUUCCAAAACCAUUUCGGCGUGAAAACUCAUUACCAAAACGUGCAUUUGAAACUGAUGCACAAAUGCAAUGUUGACGGAUGCAACGCGGCGUUCCCCUCGAAGCGGAGUCGCGACAGACAUAGUGCAAAUUUAAAUUUACAUAGGAAGUUAUUAUCUACCUCUUCAGAUAAGUCGGCAGCGAGUUUAUUUCUGGAGAAGUCUCCUUUCGCCCUCCCUGGCGACUUCCUAACAAGACUUUACGCAGAAGAAGCUCUCAAGAACCACCACUUGCCACCGCCGAAUUUGGACCAAUUGAUGCUCAAUGGUGAUCGAAUACCCCAUCCGCCCUUGCUGCUGCCCCCCCUCGGCGGUAUUCCCUUCCCGUUGGGGAGUUUCAACCAUUUUGCGCAGUUCAACGGGUCUUCGACGAUGAAAGAGCGCUCAUCGCGGUCAAGUUCGCCCGUUUCUGGAUCACCUCCUCCGCCGGUUUCGCUGAAAUACACGCAUUGUGUGGACGAAGACCAACCAACUCCGGAUAAAGACGGGAACCUCCCUUGUCGGCUGUGUAAAACUCCGUUUCCUACUUCGUCCCAAUUGAAAGAACAUUGCGAAAGUAACCACUUGUCCGAAAUGUUUAAAUGCACGGUUAUGGGGUGUAAUAAGGUAUUUAUGUCGCGAACGCGGCGGAAUUUGCACGCGGAAAAUGAAUCCCUUCAUGUGAGUUUGUCGAGAAAGAGUUCGGAGAGUUCGUGACCGUUAAGUAAUUUUCUGGACUUGCGGACUGUACCCCUGUGGUGGUGAUCGACCGAUGUACUUAUCAAAUUUUAGGUGUUUUCAUAUAUGUGAUUACUAGAAUAAUUAGGUCUAAGGUUCAGCUUAUAUAAUUUAUUUUUUAUUUUUACUUGUUUCAACUUCCUAUAAAUCAGCCAGUCUUGAUGAAUACUCAUUGUAUAUAAAGAAUAUUUAUAGAAUUAGGUGGUCUCGUAAACUGUUAGAGAAAAAUCGCGCUAUCAAUGUGAAUAUUUCAAUUGCUCAUUUUGAUAAUACUGCACAAGUACGUUAAUUGUCCAAAUUGAUAAUUAAAAUCUCGCUAAACAUAUAUAAGCUUCCGCGUUUGGACAGUUGGCAGUGCUUGACUCACUGUUAAUGCAUGCAAAUGAAUAUUCACUCUACCAGUGACAACUUCAGAAUCAAACGUGUAUAUUUAAAUGUGCAAUAACUUUGUAAAUAUGCUAUCUUGCCUAUGAAUGUAUAGAUGUAUAUAUUUACUAUCAUUAGUGAAAAAUUUGCCCUAGAAUUAUCAUAAAUGUAUACGAAAACCUCUGUCGAUUCAAAUUAUUUUCCACGUUCAAUGGAAAAGUCAUUUUCUCUUGAACCGUGACCGUUCAAAUCCAAAUUAAUGUUAUAUUUGUAAUAUCUUAAACAGCACACCUCUGUAAAUGUUAUUUGUUAUUGCAUAUUGCAUAUUCACACUCCAGUGUACAGUAACCAUUAUGUAUCGCCUAUGGGCUUCAUUAAACUUAUAGCUGUCGU